GCCGGAUGCCGGCUGCUGCUGCUGCUCCACCUGUAGAGAAACUUUUUCCUUGGCUCCUCGUCCGGAGGCAUGUGAUGAUGAGGUGUUGUCUGGUGGCAGGGCCACGGCACAGAGACCGGAGCUUCCUCGGACAUGUCGGCCACGUCGGACACGGACUCUGGGAGCCCCCGGAGCCAGAGGAGGACCUCACCUGACAGCCAGCAGCACCUGUCGGACAAAUCCAGCCUGCGCGAGACCAUGGUGAACGGUUUGUCCAGAGACUCUGGGAAUCAACAGGGAACAUGUGAGGAAAACUUCCCCAAAGCUGUGUGUCUGCGGUUGGACGUGGUCCAAGGUCCUGAUCAUCUUCCUGCAGACGAAGAGUCACAGGAAAUGCUGAGAGGAAAACUACGCAUCCUUCAAGCUGACAGCGACCAGAUAAACACACUGCUGACGGAGUUGUGCGCUCACCUCGUCUCCGUGAACAGUGAAGACAAAACCAUCUUAGUGACGUUUCACACAUUUGAGGAAGUGUGGAAUUUCACCACAUAUUACAAAAUGGGUUUCCUGGACCAGUGUGUCUCCGAUCUGUUGUUAGACCAGAUGCUGUGGCUCCGUUCUUCAGAGGAGGACACGUCCAUCAAGGUUUCUAUUCAGGAGAAAACACUGAACCUCUUCUACAGAGGAAUCCUCAUGCAGGAAGGCUCGUUGUUUGCCAGCUGUAGCGCCAACCAGGUGUUUGACAGCUCCACCUUUGGAGGAGACCUGUACCUGGAGCAGGGCGACAUAGCCCAGUUUGAGCCUCCCUUCCUGGGCUCGGGUUGGACCGUCCUGUCCCUGCCGGACGGAACCCGGGGAACCGCGCCCAAACCGGCCCUGGAGCCAGUCGCCCCCUUUCACCAAUGGUUUCUCAAAUCCUGCCCCGAGAAUAUUUUAGCAGGCGACGGGAAACCGGCCUGUGAUUUCCCUCUGGAGUUUGCCAGAGGGACCUGUCUCGCCACGGAGGACUACGACGCCGAGGGCCCAGACGAGCUGAGCUUGGCUCGCGGUGAUCGCGUCAUCAUCACGGGACUCCUGGUGUCCUGCUUCGACUGGUUCACGGGGAGAAAAGAGGCCACAGGGGAAGUGGGUCUGGUCAAGACGAGCCUGGUAAAACCGUCCACUGAUAUUUUCCUCUCUGCAGAUAUUUUUGGGGACGAGGAGGAAUGGAUGUUCUCCUAUCAGCCAGAGGAUAAAGUCGUAGAGGAAUCAAUCGCAAUGUUGAAGAAAAAAACUCCAAAUGAUAUUGGUCAUAACUACAAACUGGAUACCAUCUCUCGCCAAGGCCCCGAAAAGAAAACUCUACUCAGCUCUUCAAACCACGCCCAUACUCCGGACAAUGAGCUGAAGAGAAACAUCCAGAGGAUUCUCCAUCAGGGAAAAGCCUCGUCGCCUGAUCCCGUCGCGCCGUUGAACGGGACAACGCAGGCCAAGCUCCCAGCCUCCCCCUGUUUCACCGUGUCCUCAGCCCCCGAAGGAAACAACAACAGCACGGAGCGCUUCGUCCCUCUCUUCUCCUUUCUGGAAGGACAGGACUACAGAGUGGAGUACGACGGCCUGUACGGGCUCAGUCCCAAGCAGCUCGCCUCCUUCACCUUUGCGGGUCACUCCGAUGAGGACCAGCUGAUCGACUUCCUGUCCGUCGCCAGGGAAACGGCCCGGAAGAAGCGCUUCUUUUGGCCACAGACUCGUUUGUGCUUCCUGUUGGGUAAGCUCUGCGCCGGGAGGAAAAAGUUCAGCCAGGCCCGGGUGUACUUUGAGGAGUCCCUUAACGUUCCCCGUGAAGGCUUCACGGAUUUCAGGCUGCUGGCGAGCAUCUACUCCAACCUGGCUGCUGUGCAUCUUUUGCAGAAAAACAUGGAUAGCUUCUUUGCCCUGACGGAACGACUUGCUGCCCUGCUUCUGGGGAUCCCCGAUUGCCUGAAGGGCCUAAAGGACGACUCUGUGCUUAAAUACAUCCUGAAGAAAGCUGUUCUCUCUCACAACAGAACGGCCGAGGCCUGGGCUUGCCAUCUGUUGGCGAAGCAUCACUGGAUACGUGCUGAGGGAGUUCAAGUCGUCCCUUAUCUGGAAAGACUACUCGAUCUUUGCGGUGAAGCUCAAGGAACGUGGAGCGUCUUCCUCAGUCAUGGGUAUCUGACCCUGGGAAGGCUCUACAGCAAACUCAAACUCCCCCACCUCAGUGUCAGUUCAGCUAGAAGAGCUUCCCUCGAGCCCUCGGCCACGCUGUCGGAGUGCCUCGGCAGCGUCGCUUUAGUUCUGGACGACAUCGUCAGACAUCCUGGGAUCACCGAGCAAGAAGUAUUCAUUCCUCCCCAAGUGGCUCCGUUUUUACACCAAGCUCUCGCUCUCACCGACGAGAAGAUCCGAGCAGGAGGAAGCGACCGUUUCCACGUUCUGAGCCACCAGCUCACCAUGUGCCUCUGCCAGCUCUUUUACAAGCACGGGAUGGCUGCACGGGCCAUCCACCACAUGCACGCUCUCAUCUGUAGCAUUUCGUCUUCCCCGCGAGCCCCCUUCUCUGUCCCGGAACGAAACGGGACCCUCAUCUGGUUGGCGUGGCUGCACAUUGACAACAAUCAGCCCACCGUGGCUUUGGAUGUACUGGACUCGGUCCUGGACUCCAUGCCGGAGCACUGCACGACCCCUCAGGAAGGUGUGGUACUGAACAUGCUCGGCGUGGCCCUGCGAUGCACGGGGGACCUCCGAAGGGCGGCGGAGAGCUACCAGGCUGCAGGCGACAUCUGCGAAGAAUACGACGACAUGCCCAACUGGGCUGUGGCUCAGGCCAAUCUCGGGCUGCUGUGCCUGAAGGCCGGAGCGCAAGGGCUGGCACAAAGACACCUGACGAAAGCCGUGCAGCUCUUCUCUGAACUCGACGAAGGAGGUCACGAGGUGAACUUCAUCACAGUGCUGCUGGAGCUGGGGCAGAACUACGUGAAGCAUCGGCAGCUGGACCGCGGAAAGGGAUGCUACGAGUGGGCUUUGCUGCUGGCCGUCAGCGCCAACCUGUUAGAGUCCCAGCUCAUUGUAACCAGACGUCUGUGUGAUCUGUAUCGGCGUGAGAGUCCAGAUCAGACCCAGUGCAUCAUCUACAGCCAGCAUCAGGUCCAGCUGUUGAAGACCACUGGAGACAGAGUGCAGGAGGGAGAUACACUGGAGGCCAUCAGCCAGCUCUACCUCAGUCUGGACACAGAAAGGGCGUACCGGGAGGCUCUCGACUUCACUAAGAGCAGUUUGGGUAUUUUCAUCGACCUGGGCUGCAAGGAGAAGGAAGCUUUCGGCUGGUUGCAAGCAGGGAAGAUCUACCACCUGCUGGGACAGACGGAACUGGUGGACAUUUACGUACAGGCAGCUCAGGACGUCGCUUUGGGCACGGGCGACACCGACUUCAUCCUGAAGCUUUUUGAAGCUGCGGGAGACAUUUUUCUGAACAGCUCUCAGAGUCGGGACAAGGCUAUCACCUUUUACAGGGACCACGCUCUACCGAUGGCGGUGCAGGCGGGCAGCGUCCUCACCAAGCUGCGGUUGUGCAAUAAGCUGACAGAAGUGAUGCUCAGUCUCAAGAUGUAUGGGGACGCGCUGGAGUUUGCUCACAUGGCGCUGGACAUCAGUAUGAGGCAGGGCGAGCGUCUGAACGAGCGAGUGGCCCACCACCGGCUGGCUUCUCUUUACCACAGCCUGGAUCAGUUUGAACUGACUGAGCACCACUACCUGAAGACCCUGACCCUGUGCCCAACACCUCUGCAGUUUGAUGAGGAAACGCUCUACUACGUCAGGGUGUACCAGACGCUGGGGGACAUCAUAUUUUAUGACCUAAAGGACCCCUUUGACGCUGCAGGAUACUACCACCUCGCUCUGGCUGCAGCCAUGGACCUGGGCAACAAGAGGUCUCAGCUGCAGCUGUGCACGCGCCUCGCCACAAUCUACCACAACUUCCUGGUGGAUCGGGAGCUCUCGCUCUUCUUCUACCAGCAGGCGAGGAGCUUUGCUAAGGAGCUGAACGUGAAGAGGGUUAACAUCUCACCGGAUCAGCUCCAUAGCGCCCCCUCCCAUUACAAGACUACGGGACAGUAGCAAGGAAACUAACAGGAAGUAAACAGAUGAGCCACUGUUUAAAGGAAUUGAGAGUUUGGUUUUCUGGGAGUUUCUGAUCUGAUUCUGUUCUGUGAAGAUGUUUGAACUGGAGUGAUCCACUUUGUUCUUACAGAGAGCAGCAUUUUAAUUAGUGUCGGCCAAAAAUGAUCCAACAACUAGUUUCUGCUGUUAUUUCAGACGAAUCAAUGCGAACUGAGUUUUCACUGGUUCAAACCUCCUUCGGGGAAACACUCGUUUGCUCACACUCUCAAGCCUGACAUGACAAAAACUCCAACCUCCUCCUUCCUAGUCUACUUUGAAACAUUAUCACACAUCCGGCCACGGAAAUGGAAUCAGUCGAUUCAUCGAUCAGCGGAUCAACAGAAUAAUAAUAGUUCACUGUUUUGAUAAAUUAUUUAUUAUGGAUUAUUGCUGCGUGUUUAGAUUUUUAAUUUGUACUUUUUUAAUUGUUUACAAUUGGAACCGUUUACAGUUUCCGAACUACUGAUUUGAAAUUAGUGUCCAAUGAAGACGCUGUAAUUCAACAAUAAAUAAAUGAAUAAAUAUCCUGA